UCCAUGUGCUUCACCCGGGGCUCUACUCCCCCUCUUAUCACAUUUGCAUAAAAUGUGUGUCAGUAGGGCAGCGCUCACAUGCAGCGCGCGCAUGUAGCAGGCAUUCCAAUGUCAAACGAGUCCACGCGCAGUCAUCUGCCACUGUGAACAACAGAGAGGAGGAACAGCAGUUACUACAGCAGCGUGACUGGGAAGGGAAAAGGGCGUGUGAAACGGAGUCAUAGUCCUUGGCACACAAUACCACAAACAAUUUAAAGGGCAUAGAAAGGAGGGGGGAAACUAGUGGGGGAAAAGCUCAGUCACAUUUCUAAGACACCUGAAAACGUGUUUGGUGUGUGUAUGAGUGUGAUGCCUGUGCACGUCUCAAACUAGUUGCACAUCUCUGCCUUGAUGCCAGGUCACUAGCUCUGAUUGUUCGUUACUGUAAUGUACACGAUCCAGUCUUUAAGGACAGCUCUCAGAGAGUGAGGACGCUUACCUAAAGGACUUCUGACUUUUGAGAAUCAACUUCUUUUUCCGAGACAACAGACUUCUUGAAGUUCUCACCUGUGUGGACGGAAUUUGAAACACGCUGAAUAUUAUUAUUAUUAUUAUAGAGCCGACUCAGAUAUCUGCAUUUCCUUCAUCAACACCAGGAACAGACACCAUGGACGGCAGUCCAGGUGAAGGAGUGAUCCACUAUGCAGGCUCAACAGGAAGUGCCAGCCCUAGUCCAGGAAGCCCAUCCAGUGGGUACCAGACCCAGUCUCCAUCUUCUCAACCCUCAUCCCCCGAGGAGGUCUCCUUCACUGAGCUUGGUACCCUUAAAAAAUAUUCAGCUGGAAGCAAUGGCAAUUCUGCAGGGGGCAGCAAACUGGUUUUCCAGUUUCCAGAAGUAAGCAGUGCUACCUCUGUCAACACCGUUACCCCUACCGUAACGUCAUCAGGGCAAAACUCUUACUCUCACCCGAUGGUUGGCAGGCGACCCAUUGGGUUCACGGGUACCUUUACAAAAACAGGAGGUAUGGUGUUGCUUUGCAAAGUAUGUGGGGAUAUUGCAUCAGGAUUUCACUAUGGUGUCCAUGCAUGUGAGGGAUGCAAGGGUUUCUUUCGCCGCAGUAUCCAGCAGAACAUCAAUUAUAAGAUGUGUGUGAAGAAUGAAAACUGUCUGAUCAUGAGGAUGAACCGCAAUCGCUGUCAGCACUGUCGCUUUAAGAAGUGCCUCUCUGUCGGCAUGUCCAGAGAUGCUGUGCGAUUUGGACGCAUUCCAAAGCGUGAGAAACAACGCCUACUGGACGAAAUGCAGAGUUACAUGAACAGCCUUAAUGAAUCAGCAUCCAUGGACAUUAACUGUACUACACCCACCGAGACCCCUGCCAGCCCUGACGAUGGCCAAUCAGAAGAGGCCAUUGGUGCUAUCUCACAAGCUUAUCGUAACAUCUUCGUGAAUGGGGAGAAGUUGUUGGUGAAAAUUGACGAUGACAACAACAACAAUCCUUCUUCCUUCCGUCAUAAUCAAAUACAAGAGUCCGGCUACACCCAGUCUCACCCUCAGCCAAGCAUCUCACCGCAAGAACAUGCUGUCCAUUCCACAACAAGCUGCCUCACCCAAUCCAGAUGUCCGUUCGCCAAUCACGACAACAAACCAACAAUCCAGGUUAUGGACAACAAUCAUUAUAACUUUCCACAAUCCUCAAGUCCCAACCAGGGAACUACACCUUCUCAAAGCUAUCCAUCUAAGCACAACAGUUAUUCCACUCAGACGUCUUGUCCUUGGAGACUGAGUCCUGGUGCUAAAGUUCUGGCAUGUCCUCUCAAUGCAUGUCCCGUCUCCCCAGCCAGUCACUCCAGUCAACAGGUCUGGGAGAGUUUCUCCCAGUGCUUCACUCCAGCUGUUAAAGAAGUGGUUGAAUUUGCCAAGAGCAUUCCAGGGUUUCAGGCACUGAGUCAACAUGAUCAGGUCAUGCUACUGAAGGCGGGAACCUUUCAGGUUCUAAUGGUGAGGUUCUGCUCGCUGUUUGACGCCAAGGAACGGACUGUAACAUUCCUAAAUGGUCAGACCUACCCGUUGGCAUCCCUGCGAGUGCUUGGCAUGGGCAGCCUUCUGGACGCCAUGUUUGAGUUCAGUGAGAAGCUGGGGAACAUGGGGCUGGAGGCUGAUGAGAUGGGCCUCUUCAUGGCUGUGGUGCUGGUUUCUGCAGAUCGCUCAGGUAUAUCAGACGUGAGUGCCGUAGAGCAGCUCCAGGAGGAUUUGAUUGCCGCUCUUCGCGCUCUCAUCACACGCCGGAGGCCGGAGGACAGCUCGCUCUUCCCCAAACUCCUGCUGCGUCUGCCUGACCUCCGCACCCUCAACAACCAGCACUCCGACAAACUCCUUGCCUUCCACAUUGACCCCUGAGGACAGAAAGAGACAAUCACCAGACCUACCUAAGAUCAUCUACACAGGGUCAAAGCAGAGAUUCAGGGUGCUCUUCUUGUACAAAUAAGCCAUGCAUAAUUCAGGAUGAACUUCACACUUACACAGACACCUCAGACUUACUUCACCACGUCAAACUUUUCCAGUGUAACUUAAGAACUCUAUAAAGAACGGAGCAGAUGCUGGACAUUUGGACUUUUCAGGAGAGUUUCAAGAAAUCCGAAGAAGAGGGAAUAGAUUUUUCUUUCUACAAUGGACAUUUGAUGAGAUUAUUAGGUGAUUUUAUAACCAGAAUUAAUCUGGACUCUCAAAUCAGUGUCAGUAUUCAGUUUUGGGACAUUAUAAAUAUUUUUCUCACUCCAGAUGCCAUUCAUUCAUUAUCAUGUUGUUCAAAACAUUGCACAACCUUAACUACUUCUCAUAUUCUAACUCAUAAUUCAAUAAUUUCAUUUAACACAUUCUUAUAUCACUUUGUGGACCAUUAUAAAUAUUGUUUAUUGCUCAUGUCAGGCACAGGCAGUCAAAACCUUGAGUGUAAAAACAUGUAUUAUAAUUGAAAUAUAUGAUAGUUUCUCAUAACUGUAUAAGACUGUAAUAUGUAUUCUCAUGUGGAAAUAUCAUAAUAGCAGGGACAGUGGGUUGUUCAAUGAAGAAAGGACUGCUCAUCUUGUAUUUAAACUUGUAAUUUACAACAGCUCUGCAUGGAUAUGGUUUAUUCUACUCUUUGCAGUUCAGAAUUAUCUGAGUGUAUUGAAGAGGAUGGGUUAGCUGCAAAGUGGCCAUUGACAUUUCUACACAAAUUCAAUUCAUUUGUUUCACGUGCAUCUAAAUGUAUAUUUGAUAAAUGUAUUAUGUUUGUUUAUCUUUUACCAUAGAGAUGGCAAGAUUAUGUAUAUUAAAAGAUUACCUUUGAA